CGGACAUACGAUAGGCUAUAGUCACGAACAUUCAAGAAAAGAUAGAAAUGAUUUCAUUGAGAUUUUAUGGGAUAACGUAAAGACUGGUAUGACUUCACAGUUUGAAAUUAAGGAAACACGUAAUGAAGGUUUUGAAUAUGAUUACCGAUCAAUAAUGCAUUACCCGGCGUGGGCUUUUAGCAAAAAACCGCUAAAUAAAAGUGUAAUCGUUGCCAAAAAUCCAUUCGUUCAGUACUUGAUUGAUGAAGAAAAAGAUUCACUUAGUUUUAGAGAUAUUAAACUAACUAAUAUGCUCUACAAGUGUCAUGACAAAUGUCCUAAUAUUGGUGUUACUGAGUGCAAAAACAAUGGAUUUUUAAUGUAUAAAUCUCAUAAAAAAACAUGUCUUUGUAGAUGUCCUCCAGGAAUAAAUGGAAAAAAUUGUGAACUAAAUGAAGAAAACAAAAUUGAUUUAUAUAAACCAAAAUGUGGCGGACAUAUCACUAAACAAGGUCAAUUUUGGACACCUAAUUAUCCCAAUAGAAAACAUCCGUAUGAAAGUUGUAGUUAUUGGAUCCAAGCGCCCGAUGAGCACACAGUUGAAGUGACUUUCCAUGACUUUAGCUUUAAUGAGCCUUACUUUGGAGAAAACAAUGAGGCAAUUGAAGGUCUGUGUCUACACGAGACCAUUGAAAUCAGAAAUUUAGACAAUAUUUAUGACGGAAACCAAUAUUGUGGACAACAAAUUACACGAAAUACUAUUAUGAAUUCAAUCGGUAAAGAUUUCAUUAUAAUAAUCAUAGCCGACGACCAAAUGAUAGGUCGAGGACUUAACGCAAGCAUCAGAUUCAUUAAAAACGAUUCAAAUGAAGAAAUAUUACAAAUUAGUCCAAAAUCAAGGCCACGAAGAGUUAACACAAAUAAAUUGAAACAAAAUGUAAAUCAAUUAGAAAUUUCAGAUAUAAUUGGGAUUUAA